UUUAACAACGUAACAAGGAAGAGAAUAGAGAGAUUAAGGAGGUGAUCAUUAAACAAGGCAGCCUGCAACACGAUUGGAUUAAUUAGCUUCUUAAUUACAUUUUUGUGUUGUUUGCUCAUUGAAACGCUAAUUAAUAAUACUUAGAAUGGCAUGGUCCCCAAAAUAUGCUGCCAAUGCAUAUCUUGACACCCUCAAAUUGUGUGGCAAACACAAGCAGAUGUGCAAUUCAUGUACUGGAACACAAGAACCAGAGUGCAAUGAAUUCCUAUCAGCAUUAGCAGCUGGAAUGAGCGCGAAGCUAAUAGUGGAAGUCACAACAGAAGGCUCACCCUCAACCGUAGCCUUAGCAGCCGCAGCUCGUCAAACAGGGGGUAAAUUAGUCUGCAUUAUACCCGAACCAAUACUCGACAAAACACAAAAAGUAAUUCAAGAAACAGGGCUAAACGACAUGGUAGAAUUCAAAACAGGGGACCCUGUUGAAAUCUUACACAACUACGAGAACAUCGAUUUCUCAUUAGUAGAUCGCAAGACAAAUGAUUACGAGAUUUUGAUGGAGAAACUUGACGUUAAUCCAAGAAGAUCAGUCGUCGUUACGAAUAAUGUACAAGGGAGAAAAGGGAUAGGAGGAGGACAUUUGAAGAAAGUGGAGAAUAAAGUAAAGGUAAGAUCACUACAACAUCCAAUUGGUAAAGGAUUAGAAGUUACAAUGAUUGGUAAAAGCACAGAGUUUGGGAAAAAGGAAAAUAGGAGCAAAUCAGGAUGUUAUUCUCAUUUAAUUAGAGGUGGAGAGAAAAAAAAUGGACAUGUAGUGAAAAAGGGUGAUAAGAGCAAAUGGGUUUUUGUUGUUGAUGAAAAAAGUGGUGAAGAACAUAUUUAUAGGAUGCCAAAAUCAUCUGGAUCUUAAUGAAAAAGCCAUGAUUUUCCAAGUGAACUGAAGAAAAAUGUGAAGGCACUUGUAAAAUGAUUUUUUUUUUUUUUUUUUUUAAUUUUUAUGUUAUA